CUGCAGAAAUAACUGUUCAACCAACUGUGGAAGAGGCCUCUGACAACUGCACUCAAGAAUGUCUCAUCUUGGGCCAUUCUGACGCCUGCUGGAUGCCGGCGGCUCUGACCCAUUCCAGCCCUCCUCAGGCACAGGCCUCUGCUCUAUGCCACAGUCCACCUCUGACACAGACCUCUGUUCGUCGCCGCAGCCCGCCAGUGACACAGACCAUAGCUCUCUGCCACAGCCCUCCAGUGACCCAUGCUAUCGCACUGUGCCACAGCCCUCCACCGGUGCAGGCCUCUGUUCUCCACCACAGUCCUCCUCUAGUACAGGCUACAGCACUUUGCCACAGCCCACCACCAGCACAGGCCUCACCUCUCCGGUAUAGCCCUCCCCUGGCACAGGCUGCUGCCCUCCAUCGCAGCCAGGCCCAGCCACCAAUGGGUUUGCAGCAAGGUUGGGUACAAAGUGCUGGAGCUGAUGAACUAUGCUCUGUUGAUCAGGGGGUGCAAGGUAGUGCAAGAUCCCAGUUUUAUACCAUGUCUGAAAGACUUCAUUCCAGUAAUGAUUCAAUGAAAGUCAUCCCCUUGACAACCUUCAAACCAGGCCAACAGGCUAGAUCCUCUAGGGGUGAUUCUCCCAUUAUGGAAGAACAUCCCUUGUAA